AUGGCCAAUACAAGGCCAUAUACGCGAGAGGAGUUGAAAGGUUUACGAAGAGCGAAUUUACAGAAUCUGUUUAAAAUACAUAAUCUCAAAGGAGCCAAUGGUACCAAUUCCAUCCUGAUCGAUUCGUUAGUCGAAUACUUCGCUUCUCCCCAAUACACCUCGGCUCACCCUCCUCAGAUAACUGAAAAAGAACAAGCAAAAGAAAAAGAGAAGGAUAAACAUGUACCGGUCCGACCUCAUAGUGCAGCUGGAGGAAAGGUAGAAAACAGGUACAAGAAUCUACCGAUAACUGCCAAACCCUUACCGGUCAAGGGGAGAGUGGUUUCAGGACCCAAUCGCAAAGCGAUUGAAAAGGAUCAUUCGUCAACAACUACGAAAGGUACCCAGAAGAAAGGAGUGAGCGAAAAGGUCUUACCGACUAUCGCAGCAGCAACUACCACAACUGAAGAUCAAAAUGGAUCUAGUGAGGCAUACGAAGCUCCUCAACGAGCCGAAUUGAACAUUCAGCCUUCUCUCCCCACGCCACCUACAUCAUCUUCAUCGCAAUCUCAUCCCGUGUCAUUCUCUCAGGUGGAAGCUCUCCUCUCAGCGAACGACGCGAGAUGGCAAGCUAAGUUCGAAGCGUUACAGCAAAAUCUGAAUGAUCAGAUGGAACGAUUAAGAAUAGAGAUGAAUCAACUUAGAAGUCAAGUGCAAACUCAAGCGGGACCUUCAAGGACUUCUGGUGGAAAUAGAACUUGGUCACCUUGGGAAAACCGAGAUCGAUCAGCUUCACAGCCAUUACCCUCAGCUUCGAUCUUGGGUAAACGAAGACAGCAUCCUUUGUCUACUGCCAUCGGCGGAGAAGGUGUCGGUGUAGGAUCAGAAGAGGAUGAUGACAGGAACGAAGCGAAGAGAGUUCGGUUCAAUGGAUCGAGACCUGGGGACGAUACGCCAUUAAAUGAACACCCACCUUCCAUUAUUCCAUCUGGCUCGACCUUCGCUGCCAGUGCGGUCCCACCUCGAACGCCCUCACCUCAGAAGACUUCAGCAUUCGGAGCGGACUAUUUCGCCAAUCCAUCUUUAACCCCUUUACCUGCGCAUUCACAAUCAAGUUUCAUACCCCGUACUCCAUCUCCCUCCAGACAGGGGACAGUUCCUGAUAAUUCCCAGACUCCCAGAUUACCCAACGACUGGGAAGGCGAAGAUUCGGAAUUAUCCGAACUAGAAGAUGAAGAUUUGACCAAGGGCCAGAGGACACCAAUAAGUAGAAGAAGUGUGAUACCUCAAUUUUCGACUACGCCUGAACCUCCCUCACAUCGACCUAUUUCACCUACGAUGGAGAGGAGUUUCUCUGGUUCUUCGGAUAGAUUUACUCCCGGUCGAGUCGUUAUUGGUUCUUCCGCUACCGCUUCCACCCCGCUCGCUCAACCACCUUCCUUCGCAGUUGACGAUGUGAAUACCAAUGGUAUACAUCUGUCAAAUGUAACUGAUCUAGAAAGGAUAGAUGAGAUGGAUGAAUCCCAAAAUUCACAAAAUUCACAGAACCACAAUCAGAGGUUGAUUUCACCUAAUGGACAGCUGAAUUUUCCCACUAUUCGACCUAUACCUAGAUUGAGUGGAUUAGGUACACCCAAAUCCACUCAGCCUCACCGCAUCGGGACAGGGGGUCAUCAAAGGACCAUAUCUGCUUCUUCCUCAUCGUCUGCGACGUUACUCGCACCGCCAUUAUUGAUCGCUCGAAAUUCCCGAGCAGGAUCGGAGUUACCUUUACCUACGAGGCAUAGAGUUGGAUCUAGAGGAUUGAGUCCCCCUCCCAGACCUAGGAGUGCUAAUGCGAUUCAUGGUCGGGAUACACCCCCUCGAACGAUCUUUCCCCUCAACUUGCCUGAACCGGAGGAAGGGUCGGGGUACGUAGCGGGUGGGAAAAUCAGGUCGGCAUCGGCGGAUUAUAUGCAUGUGGCUAUGCAUGGUUUACAAGCUGGAGAAAGGGAUGAAGUCAUCGGGAAAGGGGAGGCGGAAGGAAAUGAUGGACUCGAUUUUGAUGAUGCCGAUAUAGAUAUGGACCACGGUAUAGGAAAGGUGAAAAAGGAAAGGGAAAGGGAAAGUACGAGAAUAAUGGAUAUACCUACUCCAUCACAUCGGACUUUAUUGGGUACGGAGAGAUAUAAUGAUAAAAGAUUUGGAGAUAUUCCAGUCUCGUUUGGAUUGGAUGUUGGAGGAGGUGAGACUGGGAUUUGGGAGAGUCCAAGGUGA